UCUUUCUUUUCAGCAACCAGACAACUAACGAGCAAGUGUUAAACCCUAAUCAGAGGGAAGAAAGAGAGAGCAGAAGCAAUGGCAAAAUACGACUUAACCCCACGAAUUGCGCCGAAUCUAGAUAGGCAUUUGGUGUUUCCCUUGCUGGAGUUCUUGCAAGAGCGACAGCUACACCCAGACGAGCAGAUCUUGAAAGCGAAGAUCGAGCUGUUGAACAAGACCAACAUGGUCGACUACGCCAUGGACAUCCACAAGAGUCUUUACCACACCGAUGAUGUCCCUCAGGACAUGAUAGAAAGGAGGGUCGAGGUUGUCGCUCGUCUUAAGGCCUUGGAAGACGCCGCCGCUCCUUUGGUCGCUUUCUUGCAAAACCCUAAUGCUGUUCAGGAAUUGAGAGCUGAUAAACAUUAUAAUCUCCAGAUGCUCAAUGACCGUUACCUGAUUGGUCCAGAUCAGAUAGAGGCAUUAUAUCAGUAUGCGAAAUUCCAGUUUGAGUGUGGCAACUACUCAGGUGCUGCUGAUUAUCUGUAUCAGUAUAGGGCUUUAUGCACAAACAGUGAAAGGAGUUUGAGUGCAUUGUGGGGAAAGCUGGCUGCCGAGAUACUUAUGCAAAACUGGGAUAUUGCUCUUGAAGAACUCAAUCGCUUGAAAGAAAUAAUUGAUUCUAAGAGUUUCUCUUCACCCUUGAACCAAGUACAGAGUAGAAUAUGGCUGAUGCAUUGGAGCCUCUUCAUCUUUUUCAAUCAUGACAAUGGAAGAACACAGAUCAUUGACCUGUUUAAUCAAGACAAGUAUCUAAAUGCCAUUCAAACCAGUGCUCCCCAUCUUUUAAGGUACUUAGCCAGUGCUUUUAUUGUCAACAAGAGGAGAAGACCUCAAUUCAAAGAUUUUAUUAAGGUUAUCCAGCAAGAGCAGUACUCUUACAAAGAUCCCAUCACAGAGUUUUUGGCAUGUGUUUAUGUCAAUUAUGACUUUGAUGGAGCACAAAAGAAGAUGAGGGAGUGUGAAGAAGUGAUACUGAAUGAUCCCUUUCUUGGAAAAAGAGUUGAAGAAGGUAACUUUUCUACCGUACCAUCGAGAGAUGAGUUCCUUGAGAAUGCCCGUUUAUUUAUCUUCGAGACAUACUGCAGAAGUCAUCAGCGCAUUGACAUGAGUGUGCUUGCUGAGAAGUUGAAUUUGAAUUAUGAGGAGGCUGAGAGAUGGAUUGUGAAUUUGAUCCGAAACUCAAAGCUUGAUGCCAAGAUUGAUUCAGAGACGGGAACUGUUACCAUGGAGCCUAAUCAUCCCAAUGUUUACGAACAGUUGAUAGACCAUACCAAGGCACUCCAAGGGCGUACCUACAAGCUAGUCAGCCAGAUUCUUGAGCAUGUUCAGGCACAGCCUGCUCGAUAAGGUUUUGGGGAAGUUGGAAUUAUUUGCAAUUUUGGGCCAUGGCAGAUUGUUUUCUGAGAACAAAUUAGAGUUUCUGAUUUGGAUCAAGACUGAGCAAUUAGUAGUGUUCAGCAAAAAAUAUUCUAUGUUUAUCAUGACAAAGGAUGUCAUUAACUUGUCUGGAUAUGUUAAAACGUAUAAUGUAUUGUACUCUUUUAAA